AUAACACCGGUCGAGGCUGUACGUUCACUGCCACCGACCUUUUCUUUUACUGUACCGGGACCCGUGGUAAACUUCGAUAAAUAUGAUGCAAGCCAGCCUUUGGAAUUUAGUGACCACCAACGUCAGACCAACAUGCAUAAAGCGUAUUCUCCCGGGUAUGACAGCUACCCAGCAGCGCAGGUAUGCCAGCACACUGGACGCAGAUCUAGUGGUGAUCGGAUCCGGUCCUGGUGGUUACGUAGCUGCGAUCAAAGGAGCACAGUUGGGGAUGAAGACGGUCUGCGUGGAGAAGAACCCGACCCUGGGCGGCACAUGUCUCAACGUCGGAUGCAUUCCGUCCAAGUCGCUUCUAAAUAACUCACACUACUAUCACAUGGCACACAGCGGUGACCUGGCAAACCGUGGCGUUGUCGUAUCAAACGUUCAGCUCAACCUCAGCAAGUUGAUGGAGCAGAAGACGAACGUAGUGAAAGCUCUGACCGGUGGUAUAGCGGGUCUCUUCAAGAAGAACAAGGUCGAGUGGAUCAAGGGUCAUGGGAAAAUCACCGGUAAGAAUCAGGUGGCUGCGCUGAAGUCUGACGGAUCGGUGGAAACUACCAUCAACACCAAGAACAUUCUGAUCGCGACCGGCAGCGAGGUCACACCUUUCCCUGGCAUCGAGAUCGACGAGAAUCAAGUUGUAUCCUCGACAGGUGCCCUCUCACUGAGCAAAGUCCCUGGGAGGCUCAUUGUCAUCGGAGCUGGUGUCAUCGGCUUGGAGUUGGGCUCAGUCUGGCAGAGGUUGGGCUCCGACGUAACGGCAGUAGAGUUUCUGCCGACGAUCGGCGGUAUGGGCAUCGACGGGGAGGUUAGCAAAACCAUGCAGAAAAUCCUUGCCAAACAGGGCCUGAAGUUCAAGCUGGGUACGAAGGUCACGAGCGCUUCCAGACGGGGCAACGAGAUCGUGGUGUCCGUCGAGGACGCGAAGGACCCCAGCAAGAAGGAGGACAUAGUGUGCGACGUGUUGCUGGUGUGCGUCGGCAGGAGGCCAUACACGAACAACCUGGGUCUGGAGGACAUGGGCAUCGAGAGGGACGAGAAAGGCAGGAUACCGGUCAACAAUCGAUUCCAGACUGUAGUGCCCAGCAUUUUUGCCAUCGGGGAUUGCAUUCAUGGUCCGAUGUUGGCUCACAAGGCCGAGGAUGAGGGUAUCAUUACAGUGGAGGGUAUUGCUGGAGGCGCGGUUCACAUAGACUACAACUGCGUGCCGAGCGUGAUAUACACGCACCCUGAGGUGGGUUGGGUCGGCAAGACGGAGGAAGAUCUGAAGAAGGAGGGCAUCGACUUCAAAAUCGGCAAAUUCCCGUUCAUGGCGAAUUCCCGGGCGAAAACGAACCUGGAGACGGACGGUUUCGCCAAAGUGCUCGCCGACAGCAACACGGACAAGAUUUUGGGCGUUCACCUAAUCGGGCCGACCGCGGGCGAGCUUAUCAACGAGGCGGUUCUCGCGAUGGAGUAUGGCGCCAGCGCGGAAGACGUUGCGCGUGCAUGCCACGCACAUCCGACAUGCGCCGAGGCACUACGGGAGGCACACUUGGCAGCCUACAUUGGAAAACCCAUCAAUUUUUAAGUUCCCGCGCGGGAUAAGCAAAUCGUUACACCCAUCAGUCCGUAUUCUAUCGCGCAUUUAGUACUUAAAAAUGCGACCGCUGCCGAAUACGUGGAGAGUUCACAUUCUGUACGCGCUCUACGCGCUAAAUGCACGACGAAAACGCGGUCCGUUUGACGCUCGUCGUAGCCUCGAUCUAGUCUACGUAUCAAACGUCACGCAUACCGCACAAACUUGACAUUCGCUGCGCAUCCUCGCUCUUGAUCGCAGGAAAACAAAAUCUUAUUUACAGUUGUAAAUAAAAAUUAUCUACUACUAUCCGAAACUGGCUUUGUAUUAAAUUUAUCUCUAUCGGGUGAAACUGUCGCAUUUAUUGAAAAUAAAAGGAAAGUUCUGUGUUGGUACCAA